AUGACUCUCGCCAAACGCUCCGUCUUCUCCAACCACUCCGAGGUUCCCUGCGGGAUCCAAAGCAAGCAGCAAGCAGCAAGCAGCGCGUUCUACGUCACCCCAUCCUGCCCCGUCUCAUCCGCACCCCAGAUCAUCAACCGCGUAGCAGUUCUUGUCACGGCCAUCAUCAUUCUGGUCGGCACAGCUGCUUUGAGGCUCUUUCUUUCUCUCUCUUUCUGCUCUGGGCAAGACUUCAUCCAGAAUCUCGUUCGGAACAUGUCGAAUCCAUCCAACGUUGGCGGCAAGUCCUCAUCGACUCAACCGUCCGCAUCCCACUCCGGCGCCCCCUUCUCACCGGCUGCAACGUCGAGUUUCGAUACCAACCGCCGACCGUUCCAAAGCAGUCAAUCGAUUCAAAUUGCUGCGCCUAGGAAAGGACAGGGGCAAAGAAAGCAACAUAGAACCCAAAAAAGAGCCGGCUCAUACAGGGAGGACGCAGACGACAUGGACGAGAUAAGAGCGAUCCGGAACGCAUCCAGUCGCCGGGGCCAGACCUCGAUCACCCAUUUGCUGAAUUAUUCCGCGCCCCGUCCUCGCUUUGAGAACCACCAUUCCUCCUAUAACCGGAAUUACCGCCGCAAUCCGACCUGGGGCCCAGGAUCCGGUUAUCACGCAGUUGACAAGGCUCGCUAUGUUCACGCCAACUACCGCUUCAUUGUCUCGCCCAAGGGCGACUACUCCAAGCAGGCUGUUGACGCUGACGAGCACCUCGACUGGGCUGAUGUGCUUCAGGUCUUGGCUUCCGCCGAGUCACAGGCUGCGUCCUGCCCCAUCUGUCUCUCGGAGCCCGUGGCACCUCGGAUGGCAACAUGCGGUCACAUAUUCUGUUUGCCGUGUCUGAUUCGAUUCAUGCACUCCACCUCGGGCGAGGAGGCAAGUGUCAACGAGAAGAAGGCAAGGUGGAGGAAAUGUCCCAUCUGUGAUGACAGCGUACAGAUGUCCGAAGUACGCCCAGUGCGUUUUUACGCCGGUCAAGAGAGCCCAUUGCCGCGGCCAGGCGACGAUGUUGUGCUCCGGCUUAUGAUGCGAUACGACAAGUCGACACUUGCGUUACCCAAGGAGGGCGGAGCAGAGGUCCUGAGCUCCGGGGACGAGAUCCCUUGGCACUUCGCAGCAAACGUUCUAGAUUACGCCCGAAUCAUGCGCGGCACGACUGAUUACAUGAUGGAGCAAUAUAAUGAUGAGAUUGAGCAGCUGACCAAACAGGAGAAAGAGGAUGAGCUGCUCUUCAACGAGGAUGGGGAAUGGACGCAGCGAGCGGUCAAGGCGAUUGAGACUGCAAAAGAUAAAGUCAAGGACCUUGGAGAAGUUCAAGUCGCCAUGGCGGAGGCGUCCAAGAACGCCAGCUCCAGCAGACGUGGACAGUCUGAGCACGAGUUCUACUUCUACACGUCGCCUCCACAUCUAUACCUCUCACCUCUAGAUAUUCGGAUUCUCAAGACAAAGUACGGCUCGUUUCCACAGUUUCCGUCAACACUGUUACCGAGGGUCGAGCACAUUUCGACAGGGAACACGCUUGACGACGCGCUUAGAAAGAGAGCAAAAUAUCUGGGCCACGUCCCUCGCGGAUGUCUCAUCUCUUUCCUGGAAUGCGACUGGACCGAUAUCGUCCCCAAUGAGGUUCUGGAUAACUUCAAAGAUGAGAUUGAGCGGCGCCGGAAACGGAACCGAGACAAGGAGGCACAGGAGGAGCGCGAGCGUCUCCAAGCAGAGCGGUUGGAAUCUGCUGCAUAUCGUCGAGGGCCGGGCAGGACUGUUCUAAGCGCUGCGGAUGAGAGCUUUACCAUGAGGUAUAGCGACGAGGGCAACUCUGAUCGCCUGAAUCUAGAAGAUUUUCAACCACUUGGAGCAGCAAGUACGACACCUCCCAAUCCCCGACAUGGCUUCUCCCCACUGGCAUCAAUGUCCACCAGCCCCUCGACGCAGAGAACAAUCUGGGGCACCCCGGCCAUCCCACCUUCUCCCUCAGCAGGCCCGACUGAACCGGCAGCAGAUGUGGAUGACGGAUGGCUCAAGAGCGAUCAAUUCCUAGACUCACUUGGGGCUGCAGAGUUGGCUGUUCAGAUGGAGGCUUUGGGCGUGGAAAAUACAACGCCAGAGGGGACUUCUGGUGGUAACAACGGUGGAGGCAAGAAGAAAAAGAAACAGAAACAGAAAAUCACCUUGAUGAGCACUGGUGGUAAGAGAGGCAACUAG